AUGCGCAUAAUUCCGCACCAAUCGGAGGAUGCGUCCUCUUGUCUCGUGGUGGUUCCGGUGCAACUGGGCCAUGGACGCACGUUAACGGCCUGUGCCCUUAAAGGCGGUGACGAUUUGGAUGUCUACCAUGAGGACGGCCACCCACGCCAAAGCGGGUUGCCGUACCGCAGCACCGUCUGCUGUGAUGAACAUGUACGAGCACGUGUACAGAGUCAGGAGUUUAGGAAUGCGGAACGCCUUGCUCAGGAGCGUUUUGCCAUUGGGCACGAUAUACCUUUCUGUGUGCGGCGCUCGCUGCCUUUCCGAAAUCAGCUCAGUCGCAAAGACAGCAUGGCAUAUGUCCAAGACAGAGACGCUGUGAAUGGCUACCCAGGUGCGUUGCCCAUGCCAUCCAUCCCAACCCCAGGGAAGGAGUCGGGGAUCUCUGGGGGUAGAAGUCGCUCCAACCUCAUCUCGCUUCCACCUCUUAAUAAGGUCUACUCAGAGCACAAAAGCGUAACGCCGGUGCGUGCAUCAAUUAACAGAAAACGCUCAUUUGACCGUUUGCCGGCAAUACUUCGUGUAGAGGAGAAUGCUUAG